GAUAAGUACUACUGAGGUGCUCCGAGUUACUCAGUGCAACUGGAAAGCAGCGCUCAUGCUUGUAGUCCUUACUAGCUUCGAGUCAUCCAAACGCGUCACCCCAAAACGUCAAAAAAUGAUUUCUGAUGACCCUUCAUCGAAGAAGUGCGCUUUGAAAUCGAAGAUCACACCACUGCGCAGAUCCGUUUCGACGACUAGCAUCGGAGGGUUGUUCACCGCCCAUUUAAAUUUACGUGACACCAGAUCGUACGCGGGGGGUAUGGAUGACACCAGAAGCACCAAUUCUGACGAUGAGGGAGUGGAACUAGAUAAGAACGUCACCGAAGAGCGGAACCGGUGCCCGGAAGGGAAAGAUGAAGUGGAAACGAGGGACGCGGUCACCAAUAAAGUGUUUCUAGUAAAAAAGGAGGAUUUGCAGCAACAUACGCUCAAUGAGGUAGCCUACCUAUGGAAGAAAGAUUGCAGAAUAUGGCUGUGGAAAAAUUGCGCCGAACUAAAAUCAAACAAGUCGGUGGCCGAGAAGCUAAAGACGGGGAUUACUGAGUUGAGGCAGUGCACGUUUUAAAUGUUUUAUAUAUACCAUAUAUUUAUUGUUUUUUCCAUGAACAUCACCGUAUAACGAACUUAUCUCAACCAUUCCUGAAAAUCGACUAUUUGAUGAACAUGCGCCUUCCAUAAAGAUUACCCCAAUUCUUACUGAA